AUGGAGACGAGCGCUUGGCACCUCCUGCCGUCUGAGGGGCACUGCCCCACUCCACAUUCCCAGGGCCUGUGGGAGGGUGGCUUUGUGGGCAGCUGCGGAAGUGUGGGGGUGGGCCAGGCAGCCUGCAGAGAUAAAUCUUGUGCGCCCCUCCCCCCAAGGUUUUGCCCCCCAGCCCACUUACCGCCCAGCUGCCGGCUCCUCACCUCCCAGAAUGAGGUCAGCCGAGCCACCCCGCUCUCCGGGCGGCCUGAGCGCCGGGCUGCCAGCCCCUGGGGUUCCUUCCUCCCGCAGCGUUCUGUCUGUCUGCCUAUCCUAGUGCCGCCCUACACCAUCGUCUACUUCCCGACCCGAGGGCGCUGUGAGGCCCUGCGCAUGCUGCUGGCCGACCAGGGCCAGAGCUGGAAGGAGGAGGUGGUCACCAAGGAGAGCUGGCUGCAGGGUCCACUCAAGGCCUCCUGCCUGUACGGGCAGCUCCCCAAGUUCCAGGACGGAGACCUCACGCUGUACCAGUCCAAUGCCAUCCUGCGACACCUGGGCCGCACCCUCGGGCUGUAUGGGAAGGACCAGCAGGAGGCGGCCCUGGUGGACAUGGUGAAUGAUGGCGUGGAGGACCUUCGCUGCAAAUACGUCUCCCUCAUUUACACCAACUACGAGGCGGGCAAGGAGGACUAUGUGAAGGCACUGCCCCAGCACCUGAAGCCUUUUGAGACCCUGCUGUCCCAGAACAAGGGUGGCCAGGCCUUCAUCGUGGGCGACCAGAUCUCCUUUGCAGACUACAACCUGCUGGACCUGCUUCGGAUUCACCAGGUCCUGUCCCCCAGCUGCCUGGACUCCUUCCCCCUGCUCUCAGCCUACGUGGCCCGCCUCAACUCCCGGCCCAAGCUCAAGGCCUUCCUGGCCUCCCCGGAGCACGUGAACCGGCCCAUCAAUGGCAACGGGAAACAGUGA